AUGGCAGAGGCUGCAAGUCUCAUUGAAAAGUACCGAGUUGAUGGAGGUGUCGACCUGUCGAAGGCCGCAGAGAUCCAUCACAACAUAUUGAGCUUCAAGCCUGAAUGGGACAGCUACGAGGCGACCAAAAGCACGGCGCAUAUCCUCAAACUCAUAGAGGCAGAUGCGCCCGCAAUCAAGAACAAGUCCCUCAUCCAAGGACACAUACAAGUUUUGCAGGCGUGCAUGAACGCGAUGUCCAUGCGUGACGAGAGGCCCAUUCAGUGGCUCCUCACCUUGUUCUACGACAUGCUCAGAGAGGAUAGCAGCAGUUAUGCAAUCUUCGAAGAUGCCGAAAGACAGAAAAUCGAGGUCUACAAGCCUCUCCUAGCCUUGCUUUUGCGGCCUGGGCUGGACAACUACACAGCAGACAAGGUGGCGUGGCUGCUUUCAGCUGUGAUGAGCCAUGUGUCCCAUGUUGCAACAGAGGCAACCGUCAAGGAAUUUCUCAGCAAUAUCCUUGACUCAUCGAAGACAAGCUGCUCAGAACUCGGUCAACUGGAGGCAAUCACGAACCUGCUGAAGGGAGAUGCCUUCAGAAAGCAAGUAUGGUCCUUCGCAGGAAUUCCCGAUCGCAUCUUCAGGAUUCAGCCCAAGUCGUCGCCUUCCCCUCACUUGUACAAGUGCAUCUUUGCAAUCUGGGCAUUAUCCUUCGAUCCGCAAAUAACCAGCGAGCUCAAGGAUAUGUACGUCAUCAAGAAGCUCAAAGAGACCUUGAUGUAUAGUCGCGUGGAGAAGGUUGUCCGCUUGUGUCUGACCGUCUUAAAAAACUUUCUGGGUCACAAAAGCAUGUGUGAAGACAUUGUCGAGGAAGGCAUUCUGGAGGCGGUGCAGCAGUUGGAGUUCGAGAAGUGGCGGGAUCCCGAUCUCUAUGACGACAUCAAGGAAAUGGCAAUCCAGAUUGGCUCGGAGGUGAACGAGAUGAGCAACUACGAGCGCUACGAGCGAGAGCUGCAGACCGGCAAGCUUCAAUGGGGCUUCAUUCAUUCCAGCAAGUUCUGGGCAGAGAAUGUCAUGAAGUUUGAAUCGAACGACUUCAGAGCCUUGAAGAUGCUCGCAUCACUGUUGCAAAGCUCCGAAACAGAUGCCACAACUCUGGCAGUGGCAUGCCAUGACAUCGGAGAGUUUGUGACCCUCCACCCUCUGGGCAAGAAGAAGGUUGCUCAGCUCCAAGUGAAGGAGAAGGUGAUGCAGCUGAUGGCUGCCCAAGAUCCAAAUUUCCGAGAGGUGCGGCGAGAAGCUCUACUUUGCUGUCAGAAAAUUAUGCUGAACAAGUGGCAGGCCCGUGUUGCUGCUCAGACCAGCUCAGAACUGCUCCACAUAAUCCUAGCCUCAAUUCUAGGAUAA